AUGGACCGCACUACCUGGCUCGAUGGCCUUCGUGGCAUCGCCGCAGCUGUCGUCACCACAGACCACUAUUUCCUGGGCAGCGUCAUAAACGGUGGUUUCAUGACCUCCGGCUUCCGGUCGUACUGGGCCGAACCCGCCGAGGCAAACCGGAGGCUCAUUCAGCUACCUCCCAUUCGCCUCAUCUUUGCAUCGCAGGCCAUGGUGCCGCUGUUUUUUGUCAUUUCUGGCUAUGCCAUGUCCAUCAAUCUUCUACAACUACGAGACAACAAUAGAUCUGAAUUUCUACGCCGCCUUUCUUCGGCCGCCACUCGCCGUGUCUUGCGCAUAUAUCUCCCCGUCUUCUGCAUUGCCACCAUUUCGCAACUUCUCUUCUUUUGCAAUGUUUAUCAAUGGGACUUUGGCGACCUUGUCCUGGGCCGGCGACCUUGGACUGCGCCUUGGUCGCACGUCACCUUUGUCUUUAGCUACAUGCUCGACAAUAUGAACAUUAUCUCAUUUCCAACUCAUAUUGGCCUCAACACGCAACUCUGGACCAUGGCACUUGAAUUCCGCGGUUCCUACAUUGUUUACCUUGCGGUGCUGGGGCUUGCGUUCUGGCGGCCACACCUUCGGCGUUUGGCACUAGGAACUUUGGUGGCCUACUGGUUCUAUUUUGGUCUGUGGGAUGUAUUCGCCUUCUUGGCGGGCCUCUAUCUGGCGGAGGUGCACGUUUGGUCAAACCCCGAGGCCAUGAGCGAGGAGGCAAAACUGCCUCAGUAUUCCCUGCUAGGGCAACGGACAAAGCCAUCACUCAUCAGCUUCACCACCAUCCGAACGUACCUCUCCUUCAUUCUUGGAGUUUGGUUAGUCUGUCUUAAUGACCAUGGCUCUUUGCCACCAGGAUACCGAAUCUUAGAGCUUGUCGAAUCUUCGCGCUGGGAGAACGACUGGGACACUAUAAGCCAGUGCUGGAGGACAACUGGCUCAGUCCUUGUUGUCUACGCAAUCAGCAAGUCGGCCCAUCUCCAACGCCCACUUAAUUCUACGCCAAUACAAUACCUGGGAAAGAUCUCAUUCCCGCUCUACUUGGUGCACCAAUCCGUCUACCAUAUCUUCCAACAACCUCUGAGGGACUCUCUGUGGUACGUUGCUACGUGGGGACCCUUUCCUGGGACACCAGAAGCCAAUAACCAUACAGCCCAAUUCGCUUUUUCCUGGCUUGGGGGGUUUGCUUUUUCAUCAGCGAUUAAUCUCUGUGCGGCGCACCUUUACACCAGGUUUAUAGACCAGCGAUGCGUCGAGUUAGCGAAGAAUUUAGAUAGAUCGAUUAUUUAUAUAUUAAAUAAUAGAAAUUAA